CCCAACACUACUAUAUAUAAUGCCUCUAAUUAAUCAUGUCCAUGCACAAUUCAAACACAAAAUAUUUAAAAGUUGUAAACCAAUCAAACAAGAUGAUCAAAACUUCAAGUUGUAUAUUUUCUUUCUUGCUUUUGAUAUGUUUUUUGGUGGUGUUGGCUUUGGGUGGAACUUUCGACCAGGAAUUUGAUGUUACAUGGGGUUAUGGGAGAGUGAAAAUACUCGAAAACGGUCAACUUCUCACUCUUUCCCUUGAUAGAAGUUCAGGCUCUGGAUUUAAGUCUAAAAGACAAUAUAUGUUUGGAAAGAUUGACAUGAAGAUCAAACUUGUCCCUGGCAAUUCUGCUGGCACUGCUACUACAUACUAUCUAUCUUCUGUGGGGUCGGCUCAUGACGAGAUUGACUUUGAAUUUCUUGGGAACGUAAGUGGAGAGCCUUAUAUUCUUCAUACAAAUGUGUAUGCACAAGGCAAGGGAGAUAAAGAGCAACAAUUUUAUCUUUGGUUUGAUCCUACAAAGGAUUUCCACACCUACUCUAUUCUUUGGAAUCCUCGAAGUAUCAUAUUUUCAGUAGAUGGGACACCAAUAAGGCAAUACAAGAAUCUUGAAGCAACAAAUGGAAUACCUUAUCCAAAGAACCAACCAAUGUGGUUAUACUCAAGUAUAUGGAAUGCUGAGGAAUGGGCAACAAGGGGAGGCCUUGUGAGGACUGAUUGGAGUAACGCCCCUUUUAUUGCUUCUUAUAGAAAUUUCAAUGCACAAACUUGUGUUAUGUCUUCUUGCUCCAAGAAUCCCACAGCCAAUUCUUGGUUAACUCAAUCAUUGGAUAGUGCUGGCCUAGCAAGGAUGAAAUGGGUGCAAAAGAACUAUAUGAUAUACAACUAUUGCACUGAUACUAAACGUUUCCCUCAAGGAUUUCCUCAUGAAUGCUCUCUAAAUUAAUGCAACAAAAUAGAAAAUUAAACAGUAAUUGUGUUCAAAUUCCCUUUUUUUUCUUGCUAAAUUGGAGUGAAACGCUAAGAAUUGUCUUUGUGUGAUAAGGAGAUUAUUAUAGAUUGGUUGAGACAGUUUCUUACAGAAAAAUGAGCACAUAGCAUAAGCUUAGUGUACUAAAUUGUCUCUUUAAAAAAGUUGUUGUCUUUGUUUUUAUUUUUACUAUAAAGAAAUGUAUAGUAGCCCACCUGAGAGUGAUAUUAUUUGAUUGUACUUGUGUAAUAAGUUGGAAAUAUUGAUUUUGACUUGUUCUCGUUA